ACAGUCGUCACCGGUCGGCUCGCUGCGGGAAUUUUGAACUCAUCAUGCAGCGUUACUCCAGGUUCCUCCUCCUGCUCCUGUGUUUGAUCCUGAUCGGGGAGUGCAGGAAACACAAAAGCAGGAAAAAGCGCUGGUCGUCGGCGGAGACUCACAAGCUGGGCAAUCCUCUGUCGAAGAAGACUGUGGAUGGAACUAAAACCCGAAAGGUGAAGACCAGCCACCUUCUGCGCAUAGACGACCACGACUUCACUAUGAGGCCCGCCUUUGCAGGUCCUGCUGUCCCUGUUGGAGUGGAUGUUCAGGUGGAGAGCUUGGACAGCAUAUCAGAGGUCGACAUGGACUUCACCAUGACCCUGUAUCUGAGGCACUACUGGAAGGAUGAGAGGCUGGCCUUCCCCAGCUCCACCAACAAGAGCAUGACCUUUGACGGGCGGCUGGUGAAAAAAAUCUGGGUACCGGACGUGUUCUUUGUCCACUCAAAGAGGUCCUUCAUCCACGACACCACCACUGACAACAUCAUGCUGCGAGUUUACCCCGACGGUCACGUCCUGUACAGCCUGAGGGUUACAGUUACUGCUGCGUGCAACAUGGAUUUCAGUCGUUUCCCUUUGGACUCGCAGACGUGCACACUGGAGCUGGAGAGCUAUGCGUACACAGACGAGGACCUGAUGCUGUACUGGAAAAGCGGUGAUGAGUCUCUGAGCACUGAUGAAAGGAUUUCUCUGUCACAGUUCCUCAUCCAGAAGUUUCACACUACCUCCAGACUGGCUUUCUACAGCAGCACAGGUUGGUACAACCGUCUGUACAUCAACUUCACUCUGCGGCGUCACAUCUUCUUUUUCCUGCUGCAGACCUACUUCCCUGCUACUCUGAUGGUCAUGUUGUCCUGGGUGUCUUUCUGGAUUGAUCGCAGGGCCGUCCCUGCCAGAGUCUCAUUAGGUAUAACCACAGUGCUCACCAUGUCCACCAUCAUCACUGGAGUCAAUGCCUCCAUGCCCAGGGUCUCCUACAUCAAAGCUGUGGACAUUUACCUCUGGGUCAGUUUUGUCUUUGUCUUCCUGUCUGUGCUCGAAUAUGCUGCUGUCAACUACCUGACGACAGUGAGGGAUGGUAAAGACCGGAAGCUCAGAGAAAAAGCCAGGGAACAGUCCCAUACCCUCCCCUGCACCUGCGGCAUGUCCCAUGCUAGGACCAUGAUGUUGGAUGGGACGUACAGUGAGGCAGACACCAACAGUUUGGCAGGUUACACCAGAGCCUCCAUGACAGCUGAGGACACGUCAGAAAAACAGGAGCGAAUGGUGGUGCAUCUCUCCCUGGACAACGAGUCCACGGGGACCAAGAAAAAGGGCAUCCGCGGCUUCAGGAUUAUCCAGAACACCCAUGCCAUCGACACCUACUCUCGCAUGAUCUUCCCUGGUGCCUACAUCCUGUUUAACCUGAUCUACUGGUGUGUGUACUGUUGAGUGUGUGCAUUUGAACCUAAACUGUUGCAGAGAAAGAAAAAAACUGUGACAUCAUUUCAUUGACAUUGGAGGAGGGAUAGCUGUUCCCAUGCUGCAUGUUCAGGUGCGGCAACUCUGGUUCACAUAUCAGCACAGGACUGGACCACUUAUACAGCUCCUUCUCCUUCACAUAACUGUAUCAUAGUCUAACAACCUAGACGGGCUGGUUACACAGGUUUUUCUCUUAUAGUCUAAUGCCAGUUGUACAAAAUUAAAACCAGACUCAUUUUAAGCCUAAAACGUUAGCCACCAUUCCCCAAGUCUGUUGUGACAAUGCUAUCACUGUUGACCCACAUUCAUUUGGUUUCUGGUAACACAUCCUAUGGCCGUCUGAUUUUUUAAUCUUCAUUUGUUUUUGUUUUGGUCGCCACCAACAAGAUACUUUAGUUGGUUCUUUAGGAUGUACAGUGGUUUUAUCAGAGGUUUUUGCUGAUGAAAACAAACAAACAAGGCUGAUGGUUGUUGUUAGAGUGUGCAAAAUGAAAACAAUGAAUUAAAAGAGCCU